CACCGCAACAGGCACAUUUGAGGAGAUUCUGACGGGCCGCAAAUCAAUUCGUCAAUCGCCAACGCGCUGGCAUAAUCACGAUUCGUUUCCCUGUGCCAGGCCCACGGUGGGCUGUUAAAAAGCUUACCUCGUCGCUCCUGUCUCUCCACACACGUUCGCCGUGUCUGCCCAUGUGCGGCUGCGAUGCUUCUGGAUCCAACUGUACACAUUAACGGCCUCGUUGAACGAUUUCUAUUAUCUCAUUGAAAGAAGCAGCCGUCCAAUGUCAUGACGCGAACAAGCAACGAUGGCGUCCACUGGGACAGCAACGGCCUUGCUGCCCAUCACCACGGCGGCAGCACCGCCGGUGAUGCGGUUCGCCCCAAAGGACGCAUCCGACGCUCCAUGACGGCGUGUAACACCUGCCGCAAGCUCAAGACACGAUGCGACCUGGACCCGCGUAGCCAUGCCUGUCGCCGCUGCUUGUCAUUAAGGAUCGACUGUGAAUUGCCGGAAACCCCAGAGCGUUUUCAAGACAAUGCUCUGGCAUGGUCCGAUGCCACGGGGCCUAUCCCGUUCCUUGAGGAGCGUCUCAACUCGCUGGAGAGAGGGAUGGGCGACAUGACCCGGAUGAUGCGCCAGAUGUUGGAUCGAUCCCCGAAUGUGUCCGGUAGUGUCGCAUCGCAUUCCUCGAGAGGAUCCGACCUGGACGAGGCCUCGCUGGGCGAUGCCGCGCUGGCGCCUAAACCCGUUCAUCUCAUGCGGAAACUACAGGCAGAGCUCUUUGGCGAGACGGGCCAGACGACCUCGUGCGUGGGCGACUUUGUCUCCAAGGGGAUCAUCGACUCCAAACUGUCCCUCAAGUUGAUUCGAUUAUUCGUGGAGAAUUUUGGUUCCUGGGUGUCAAUAGACAGUCCGUCCGACUUCCAGAACGAGUUGGGACAAAGCGAUCCCUUGCUGUUCAAUACAGCCUGCCUGCUGGCCGCUCGCUAUGUGCCCGGCAUCCCGGCGCCCGUCCUUCACGCCAUGUAUGUCCAGGUGCGACUGGCCGCGGCCACCCUUCUAUGGACCACGCCGCCGCUGCCGUACGAGACGCUCCAGGCGCUGACACUGCUGUGUCUGUGGUCCGCCACCGUCCAGAAGGAGCCCCCCAUGGACAGCUGGUUACUGAGCGGGAUCUCGAUCAACCACGCCAUCGUCUCCUUUGAUUUUCUGAACCGUGCCCCGACCGAGUAUGUGGUCACGGAUAUCAUGCUCCAAAAGCUCCGACUCUGGAAUGCUCUCUGUUUGACUCAACUACACUUUGCGAUCGGAAACGCCCGCCCGUUUAAUCUUCAACCAAAGUACCUCGACCACUGUUCACGGAUCCUGGAGCAUCCCAGUGCGCGCUUCGAAGACGGCAAAGUCGUGGCAGAGAUCCAGCUGUAUUUGAUCACCUUGAAACUCCAGAACAAUGCUCAACGUAUGCGCUUUGACUCGGAAUAUGACGAGUUGGAACAAUGGAAAUCCGAUUGGACCCAUCUGUUCGCGGGUGAGCAAUCCUCGGCCCUAGAGCUGAGCUUCUGGUUCUGUCAGCUGUUGCUCCAUCGCACGGCCAUGCGUCUUCGUACCGAUCCGGAGAAACUGCUCCCUGACAUCGUGGAGAGUGCGCGCUUGAUCAUCUCACGGUUCUUGCAAAUCCGGUCGCACGCUGUCUUGCAGAUGGUCGACCAUGCCUUCUUCAUCGUGGGCUACGCGGCCCUGACCCUCUGUGACUUUAGCGUCCUCGAUCCCUUGAUCGAACAGAUCCAGGCAUUCCUACUGCACCUGGCUCCGAGCGAGGACCACAUCGCUUACCGGUUCUCCUGCAUCAUCGGCGAGCUCAAACGGCGAUAUACAGAGGGCACUGAGUCGGUGACCACCAUCAAAGCGUCGCCCUUUGAAGAUGACCGUCGGAUGAGUGUCAAUCCACCACAGUUCAUGCCCGCCGUGAUGGAGACCAUUCCCGAAGGGUACGAGGCCCUCGAACAGAUUUUCGCCGGCUUCAUCCCGACGCAACCCCUCUCCGACGGGCUGUUUUCUGGCCUGCCCGGUAGCAGCGACCUCCCGGGCCCAUGAUGCCGCACCCAGCCCGAUGACCAAUGAUCUAUGACUACUUGUUUUAUCUAUUUGUUCUUUCUUUUUUUUUUCCAUUCUAUUUUCUCUUCCAACUGAUUCCUUUCUCUUCGCUUCCCUCCGACUUCUUCUGGCGUGUCUGGCGUUUGAUAUUACGACCGAUUCGCCGGCGA